AUGUUCCGCGGGGUGGAAAUGUCGGGAACCUUGAGGGGUCCCAAAACUUUUAGGGGUCCCAAAACGUUGAGGGGUCCCAGAACUUUGAGGGGCCCCAAAAUCUUGAGGGGUCCCAGAACUUUGAGGGGUCAGACCCCCCUGAGGGGUCCCAGAAUCUUGAGGGGGCUCGAAACCCUGGGGGGUCCCAAAAUCUUGGGGGGUCCCAAUGGUGCCCAAAUCCUGAGGGGUCCCAAAAUCUUGAGGGGUCUCAAAAUCUUGAGGGGUCCCAAAACUUUGAGGGGUCCCAGAACUUUGAGGGGUCCUGGACCACCCUGGGGGGUGCCAGGAUCUUGA